CGUGAAACCCGACCUUCGCAAUAGCGUUCAGUUCACGUUCUGAUAAUUGACUCCACCGGACCUCGCAAGAAAAGUGAAAAUACGAGCAAUUGACUCUCUGAUCCUUCUGCGCAGCGACUAUAUCAACGGAUCCGCGAUCCCUGGUUAGACCGCACGUUCUUACCCCACCAUGAACUCGACCAGCCUUGCUGCUUCUACGGGAUUGAAAGAAACUCUUCCAGUCUCACAGGUCUCCUUUGUGUCUACCGCCUCGUCUAGCACAAACGCAACUACGGCGUCCCGUUUGUUGUCAUCGUCCAGCAGUCUCUCAACCUCUAAUGGUGCAGAUACUACUUUGACAUCCCCCACGUCAUCCAUCAGCAAUUCAAGUCAGCCGCGGCAUUACGAAAAGACUGAAUCUACCAGUAAAGCAGAUACUGAGCUAGUACCUACACUAGACACAGGGUUUAGCUACAGAGAAACACAAAUACCUAUCAGUGCGACAACAGGGACUGAAGAUAGUAGCAGUAACGACAGUACAGUCACAACACCUAUAAGCUUAGAUGCGCCAGUAUUGGUGCAAGGAUAUAAACGAACCGCGAGUGGUACCGUCAAAGGCAGUAUUGCCAACAACCCCAACAGUGCGCUUACUGAAAAAGCACGUGGUCACAGGCGUGGCACCAGCAACAUGAGUAUUGACUCAACUUCAACAACCCGAGGAAGCGAGCUUGCCGCGCAACUAAAAGCAAGACUAUCUUAUGCUAUGGUCAAAGUACAGCACGGCUGGGAGCACCAUACCCUGGACGAGCUCGAAGAACAAGCUUCACAAAUCAGUUCUCCUGUAGCCCCCCGUAAUAGAGAACAAUUCCGACAUUCAGACUCGCCGCAAUAUUUAUCCCGUAACCGGAGGUUAAGUGCUUACUCCGAUCAUGCUGAUAGACCUAAGUACUCACCUGGUCACGAGAUCUGGUCUCGAGGCAUCUCUCGUUCGAUGGAUACAACUCCAUCAAGCUUUACAUACAAGGACUCACAUUCAAAUGCGUCGGUUCAUCGGGCUUUUCUGGCACUGAAUACUACUGGAGGCACUCAAACAUCACAUGAAACUCAGGAAAAUGGUCUCGCUCCGGCUGCGCCCAUAAUCUCAUCCCGUCGGAACAGACGCGCACAUACCACAAACACUCCACCACCAUUUUUGUCCACAGUCGAAGAAGGUAAAACACACAAUGGUGUACCUAGGACCCCUCGACAAGGCAUACUCCGCAUGCCCAGCCAGCAAGACGAGAAAGAUGCGGUCGAUACCCUUCUCUUCAUGAGCAGUCCCAAUAAUUCUGCAUACUUCGCAAACCAGGCGCAUAGCCCAUAUAAGGCUGAACUUAGAUCCAAGAGGGUCGCAUUUGACGCUGGCGAUCGCACAAACGGGCUUUGCAACCCCCAUUACCCAAUGCAAGCAUAGGAGUUUUGGGCAAUCUUGUCUCAGAGAUUUUGCAUCAUUGUAGCUUGCAUAUGCGGCGUCUGGUGUUGAGAGAUACCCGUCUGCACUCUAGGGUGUACGACGUAUGAGCAAUGUUCUGCAUUUUUGAGAACUGCCAUAUGUACGUAACUAUCUAUGAAUGACAUGUUCUUCUUCAUGUGUGCCGCGGGUAGUGCUUGUCUAGCUGCGCAAUUUUCGGGAUAACUCACAGGCGAAGAUCCUCGUUAGCGUGUAGCACGUAUUAUUCUUACAUCUUUUCAUCGGUCAAAUCUGUUUUCCAUGGUCGAAAUGUCACACUUUGUAAUGACACAAAGUUGGAACAUUUUUAGUCGCCAUUGCUUUGUCCAUAGCUCGAGGAAUCUCGUUCAAACUGAUUCCUUAUGUAAGUUUUGGUUGAUCAUGAGAGAAAUGAGUUGAUAAGUUGUACCUAUCGCAGAGGGAACAUUCAUUCCUGGGCUAUAG